GCUGGUGGGCCUUGGCGUGAAAAAGAAGGAAGGAAACAAGUAGGCUGCUGUAUGUUAUUGCGGGGCUAACUUUGUCUUAUUGUUAGUAUCAUCAUCAUCUUCAUCAUCAUCAGCAUCAGCAUCAGCAUCAUCAUAUGUGAUUAUUCUAUUGUUGUUACCAUCAUGAUGAGAAUGGAAAAGUUGGACUGGAAUAACGGGACUGUGAUGAGACUGCCUAGUUUGUGUUAGGUGCGGGUAGGGUGUGCUAGGAAGUUAUCCUCGUCCACAUUGACACAGGGGGUGACAGUGGAGACAGUCGAGACUGAGGAACUAGCCGGAGUGGGUAGAUUCGGAUGACAUCUGAUAUUUCAUUCGCGAAUGAAGGUGCGCAUUCGUCGACCCGUUGAUUGAUUGAUUGAUCGAUUGGAUGAAUGAGUGAUCUCAGGAACCCAGGAAAGCAUCAGGGGAUCCACCACAUCCGGAAAGACGACCCCCAAAGGAACGGAGUCUCUUUCUCUCUCUCUGGCCUCUGGGCUCUGGCCUCUUUCUUCAUAACCCAGAGUCUCGAAACACAAGCCCGUCAUUCUCAUCACUCUCAUCAAUAGCAUUGUUGGUGUGACUAAGACUACACAUUGAAACGAGUGAUUUGGGGUCCAAUCGUAUCGCCAUCCUAUCUAUCCAUCUCGACCGGUCUGAGAUCUCACCCUGAUGUCUUCCACGUCGAUCUUGUUGCUUUUGGACGAUGGGGAGAUGCACCCGUUUGUGCCCAAUUCCUCGGGAGGACUGACCUCCCCGGGGGGUGGGAAUCUCGUGCUCACCACCUCCCGCUCGCAUACCGGCAGUGGUGGAUCCGACACGCCCACAUUGACCUACACGGUGGAUGGCAACAUCAUCACCACCGAAUCGGGCGAGACCAUUUCGCUGGGCUCGCAUUUUCUCACGUCGGACAAUGAGAUCCAACCUAAAAUUGAAGUGGAUGGCAUCUCCAUGCCGAUGGAAGUGGUCGUGGACAAAUCGGGUCAAUCCAUCGCGUACAAGAAAAGUCGGAAAUACUUGGACAACAACAGCCUCUCGCCUUCGUCUAAUAUCCCGGGUGCAACGGGUGACAACGACAAAAAAGUUUGCCUGUGGCCCACGGGCAAUGGAACCACGUGCGGCAAAACCUUUACCAAAUACGACAGCCUCAAGCGCCAUCUCACUGAAACUCACAAAGGUGUCAGACCGUAUGCCUGCUCAAUGUGUGACAAGACUUAUGGACGGCGAGAUUACCUACAACGCCAUCUCAAAUCCCACAACGCCAGUUAUGCUCUGAAUUUAGCGGGUGGAGGCGGCUCCUCCACGGUCCUCACCUCAAAUCCAGUCUCGUUGGUCAAUAGCUUGCCCUCGGCCUCGACCAAUUCCAUGGUCCAGAAGAUCAAGAUCGCUCCCCAGACCAGUAACGUUCAAAUCGUUCAAAUGCCUCAACCCGUUCAGAGUUUGAGUGGAGUACAAAUCAUUCAGCAUUCAAGUGGGUCCAAUGUGAUCUCGUCGCCUUCUUCGCAUUCGCACCACGCCGUGGUGAGUCCGCCGAGUCCGGGCAGCAACAGUGUGAGCUCAGGCUCGACUCCGCUCACCACACAGCUGCCCUUCUUCACCUUGAACGGCUCGUUGCCGCAGGCCAGUAAGCCCAUGGGCUCGAAGAUCUGUCGGUGGGUGCAGAACGAUGGCACUGUCUGUGGAAAGGCGUUUUCCAAAUUGGACAGUCUACGUCGACACGUUAAUGAAUUGCACAAAGGAGUUCGUCCGUUUGCAUGCCCCUUGUGCGAAAAGAGCUACGGACGGAGAGACUACCUCGAUCGACACAUGAAGACCCACGAAAAGAAGAACAAGUCAUCCACAGGCUCGGGCAUGGAGUGGGACGAUGGAGUGCUUUUAACGGGAGAUGAAAUGCCUCCCCCUCCACCAAAGAUACCCAAGAAGAAGCGUAAAGAUAUUCCAGCAGAGGAGAAGAAGAUUUGCCUGUGGAUAUUAGACGAUGGAACGGCGUGUGGGAAGACUUUCACCAAAUUCGAUAGCCUCAAACGGCACGUGUCGGAAGCUCAUAAACAGAUCCGACCGUACUGUUGCACGUUGUGUGGUAAGAAUUACGGGCGACGGGACUAUUUGUUGCGCCAUCUGAGGUCUCACAACGAUGUCGAGGUCUCUAAUUUGAACAUCGCCAAAGUGACCAAUAACCCCUCUACGGGCAACACCGCCACGAUAGUGGCUGCCCCUAAUCCCAUGCCCGGUCAGUCUGCGUCGUCAAUUAGCUUGAGUCAACUUCCCUCUAUCUCCACCAACCAAUUGGGCGGCAUUUUGCCCUCGUUACACACCUCCAACUCAACCAAUGCCAACGGUGGCAUGACGGGUCACCGUUUAGCCCCCUCCAUCUCCGGGAAAAAACGCCCGGCUGACGAUAAAAAGACGUGCAAAUGGGUCUUAGACAACGGGACCAUUUGUGGGCGAACAUUCUCCAAGUUCGAUAGCUUAAGACGACACGUGGCGGAACUGCACAAAGGCAUCCGACCGUUUGUGUGCGAGAUCUGUCAAAAGAGCUAUGGUCGUCGAGAUUACCUCGACCGUCACAUCCGAUCAGCCCACAAAGAAGGAGGUGGCGGGGGCGGUGAAUCGGAUGACAUCACUGAGAUGACCACGCAUGAGCUCGACGAAGCGCUUGAUGGUGCCACCAUCGUGACGGUGGGUGGAAAUCAUGACGACGAUGAUGAUGAAGACGAAGACCAUCAUCACCACCACCAUAUCAUUAAGACUGACCCAACUGACUUGGAGGAGGUGAUCUUGCCGAGUGUAGUGACCGUUGUCACCUCGGACGGAAUGUAGGAGGUCUUGCUCGUGUCCGUUUCAUUGUUGAUAUCAUUAAUUUUCAAAGCUAGCCUAAGGCUUACGUGGGGUCAGCCAGCAGCUAGUGUUAGCGAGUCAGUCAGCCUUUUGGCCUUUCAUCCACCCACUGGCUUUGCCCUCAACUACACCAUGUGUACCUUGUCGCGAUAAUUAUUAUUGCCAAUAUUCUGCAAUUAUUAUCAUCAUCAUUAUUACUAUUAUUAUUAUUAUUAUCAUCACCAUCCUUAUUACUAUUAUUACCGCUGCAACGAUUCGAAUGACCAUCAUUGAUAUCAAGUGAGCUAUUCCUUCAGCGUCCUGUUUUAAGGAAUGGCAUCUUAUUUAUCCCAUCUCUGACCGUUGGGGUCUUCCGUUGCUGAAGGUCGCCAAGAAGCCCGUAGAAAUAUAUGUUGCUCAGCUACUUUUGUCCUCGAGCAGGCAACAUAAGGUUUGCCCUUUGUUUGCUUGUUUGUUUGUUUGUGUCUGUCUGUCUGUAUAUAUGCGAAAACAAGAACAAAUGUACCUCAUUCCUCAUCUCA